GCCAUUUUGUUCUUCUCGUGGUUCCAGUAGGGAGAGAAGGAGGAAGCAGGGAGCGGGGCGGUUGGGGGGUGUCCCGCCGCGGCUGCCGCCACCGCCGCCACCACCGUCUCUGUGCUCGUGGCGUGGAGAAGAAGCUGUGAGUCCCGGGCGCGAGCCGGCGGCGGCGCCGCUGCGGGAGGGUCGGCGGUGGGAAGGCGAUGGCGGAUAUAGAUAAACUCAACAUCGACAGCAUCAUCCAACGGCUGCUGGAAGUGAGAGGGUCCAAGCCUGGUAAGAAUGUUCAGCUUCAGGAGAAUGAAAUCAGAGGGCUUUGCUUAAAGUCCCGGGAGAUCUUUCUCAGUCAGCCUAUCCUGCUAGAACUUGAAGCACCACUCAAAAUAUGUGGUGAUAUCCACGGGCAAUACUAUGAUUUACUUCGACUUUUUGAGUAUGGUGGUUUCCCACCAGAAAGCAACUACCUAUUUCUUGGGGACUACGUGGACAGGGGAAAGCAGUCAUUGGAGACGAUCUGCCUCUUAUUGGCUUACAAAAUCAAAUAUCCCGAAAAUUUUUUUCUUCUCAGAGGAAACCAUGAAUGUGCCAGCAUCAAUAGAAUUUAUGGAUUUUAUGAUGAAUGUAAAAGAAGAUAUAACAUUAAACUAUGGAAAACUUUCACAGACUGCUUUAACUGUUUACCGAUAGCAGCCAUUGUGGAUGAGAAAAUAUUCUGUUGUCAUGGAGGUUUAUCACCAGAUCUUCAAUCUAUGGAGCAGAUCCGGCGAAUUAUGCGACCAACUGAUGUGCCAGAUCAAGGUCUUCUUUGUGAUCUUUUGUGGUCUGACCCCGAUAAAGAUGUCUUAGGCUGGGGUGAAAAUGACAGAGGAGUGUCCUUCACAUUUGGUGCAGAAGUGGUUGCAAAAUUUCUCCAUAAGCAUGAUUUGGAUCUUAUAUGUAGAGCCCAUCAGGUGGUUGAAGAUGGAUAUGAAUUUUUUGCAAAGAGGCAGUUAGUGACUCUGUUUUCUGCACCCAAUUAUUGUGGAGAGUUUGACAAUGCCGGUGCCAUGAUGAGUGUGGACGAAACACUGAUGUGUUCUUUUCAGAUUUUAAAGCCUGCAGAGAAAAAGAAGCCGAAUGCCACAAGACCUGUAACACCUCCAAGGGUUACAUCAGGCCUGAACCCGUCCAUUCAGAAAGCUUCAAAUUAUAGAAACAAUACUGUUCUAUACGAGUGAUCGAUUAUGCUUUCUUUGGCCUACAAUUCUUUAUUCUGCGGUGAAGUUGAGGCUUAUAACUCAAAACAAAGGAACUAACUUACUAUCCAACCGUUUAUACAGAACUCACAGUAUCUAUGACUUUUUUUUUUUUUAAAUAAGAUCUGUUAAAAAGAAAUGUUUCAACAGAUGACCCUGUAUAAUACCAUGGCGAAAAUGAAUUCAGACUUAUUAAAUGACGAACUUGUUAAA